CAAUGGCACAUUUUGCGAUCCCUGAAAUAUUGGGCAUGAGCCAUACUCAUGGUCACAAGCAAAUUAUAAGUUGUAUGGUCCAAAGGGGUGAUCGAUUCAUUUAAGCUUUCAGUCGGUACUUUAUUAGAUUGGAAUUCAGUUAAGUCAAAUUACAUACAUCUAACAUGGCUGAUCCUGAUGCACCUGCCUGGAUGCUCGACGAUGACGUCGUAGACGAAUCUACUAAUGCCGGUGGUGAUGAAGAAGUAGUCGAAGAGGAUACUGCACCGGUCCAAAAAGUUGAAGCGCCUAAACCACCAGCUGAAUGGAGGAAAACUUAUAAGCUCGCUAUCGAGGAGAAAGACAGGCGUAAGAUUUUCAGACACUGGGCCCGACCGACCAGACUUCAGUAUCAAAUAUUGUACGACUACCAGAGUAAUUACUACGACGACUACAUAACGUACAUGAACAGGCGACAAAGGGGACUGUAUGACCCGGUCCCUGUGCCACAGACGUGGGAGGAACGCGUGCUCAGGACGUGUACCAAAGACGGCCGCCGUCUGUCGUCGUCUGACUUCCCGCUGGUUAAGUCCAAGCUCAACGACUACAUGGUAAUACCAUCCGUGUGCCGGGCUGAUCACGACAAGCAUUACUACUACAGACAGUACUACGACCAACUCAUCGGUACACCUUGGGUUACGUUGUCAACAUUAGGUCGUAAUCCUAAUAUGUUGAGUGUACCACGGCCAACCAUUAAAGACCGAUUGCAUGCUCAAAAUAUCUAAAUUUUUAUUUUGGACGCUGCAGACAAAUUAGACUUACAACAAAUUCUGCUGUACAAUAUACAUAUUAUGUAUUAUAGAACCAUCAACCAAUAAAACUGAAUUUCUACAUUA